AUGUCACAAAAAUCCAACCAGCUCUCAGGGGCACCACCCAGCUACGAAGAGGCAUCAAAACAGGGAAAGCAGUCAGACAGAGGAGAUCCACCCCCAUACCAUAACUGGCAAGACGCCGUCCCCGACACCUCCACUUUCCCGCCACCCCCAGUAUCAGCAUACUAUAGCUCAGGAACAGGCAAUGCCUCAAGUGACGACGCAGAACGAGCCCACGCCUUCUGCAACAACACCCCACUCUACAUCCCCACCAGACCCUCGCUAGCAGUCUACACGGCAGUCCAACAUAACGACCUACGGCCCGUCCGUGCAAACGAAUACGGCGGCAAGCUACUUCUCACCAGCCAAGGGAAAUGGUACGGUCACACGGCAGACCGAAACGGUGACUGCCUAGUCACCACGCACCUACCGCUCUACUUUGCCGCGGAGGACUCGCCCUUCAUCCGCGAGACGCGCAAGACGGUCUAUUUCGAGGUGAAACUGCUAGCCCGGCAUGCUUGCUCCGGAACUGGGAAUGCUGACGAAAGUGGCUUCGCGAUCGGGUUCGUGGCUCAGCCCUAUCCCUCCUGGCGAUCGCCGGGCUGGGAGCGGGGGAGUCUGGGUAUAUUUUCCGACGAUGGGUGCCGGUUUGUGAACGAUUCGUGGGGCGGGCGGGACUUUGCUUCGCCGUUCAAUGUGGGUGAGACGGUUGGGAUUGGUAUGGUCUUUGCUCUUCCUGGGUUUAGCGGGGAUGCGAAACAGGGGAAGAAUCAGGGCAAGGGUCAAGGCAAAGAAGGCUUGGGCAUGGGGCAAGGGACGAAGCGCGUAUGUAAGGUGGAGGUGUUUUUCACCCGGAAUGGUCGGCGGGUCGGUGGGUGGGACUUGCACGAGGAGGUGGAUGAAAACUCCGGCGGAAUUGGUGGUCUCGAAGGUGAUUAUGAUCUUUAUGGGGCCAUCGGGCUGUUUGGUGGCGUCGAGUUUGAGGCCUGCUUUGACCCUGCAGGCUGGCUCUGGAGGCCUGCAGUGUAG